UUUUUUUUGUAAAAGGGAAAAACCAAAAACGAAAGAGUGUUUGAGUUGAUUUUUAUUAAAACAAAAUCAAGUAAUGUUAAAAAUAUUGAUAUUUUACAAACGAUAAACAGUAAGAAAUCAAAAUGGUAAAACAGACAACAACAUUGGGAGAUGGAAGAUCUGCAGACAGCUUCAGACCACAGGAUAUCCAAGUACCUAAUAUAGUUGUUUGGGAAUCUACUAGACAGGUAGAGAAUUGGGAAUUAGCCUAUGUAUCAGAAAAAAUAGCAGAACAACCUAAAAACCAAUGGAGAAUUAGACAGCAAAUGGAAACAAUAUAUGGAAGACAGAAAUUAGAAUAUUUAGAAGACAGAGAUAGAGCAUUAAAAGGAGAAGUAUUUUACACAUGUUUAUUAAAGUGGAAAAGACAACAAGAAAAUGGACUUGCUCAAAUAUGCAAAUUAGCACAGCUUCUGAGAGAGACAGGAUUUCUAGAUGUUGCAGAAUCACUACAGCCAUGAUUAUGAUGAUAUUGUUUACUUUUAUUUUCUGUAUAUAUUAUAGACAAUAGUAAAAUGUAUGCAGAUAUAA